AUGUGGCUAGGGAACGAGCCGUCCAACUGGGGGACUAACUCUCAGCCAGCACGUACAACUGAGACUCUCAAAGCUUGUACGCCUGAAAACCAGUCCUACGCUCGCAGACUACCCAAUCAAGGAUCUAUAGCAACAUCCCGUCAAGGAUGCCCAGGUCCGACAAAUCCAAGUAUCUCAAGUUUCCGUAUCCAAGUUCCAAAUCCGGGGAGGUACAUAGGGUAG